GGUUUGGCAACGGCGAUGCAAGUGAAGAGAGACGGCUAGGGUGUGGAGUAGCACCACUGAAGUGCACCAGUCGUUCGUAUCAUUUUCCGAAUUCUUUACUGUGGCUCUGGUGAAUGACGAUUAUAGCAUGCAAUGACUUUGCACCAGUGGAUACAUCAUCCGCUUUAGUUUAUUUGCUUGCUUUAUUAUUUUUUUCCGUUUGAAAUGAAUGGCAUGUGCAUUUUGCGAGGUUACUUGAUGUGCCAUCGGGAGUGAGUGGUUUUGGCAAUAUGUGUCGCUGGAAUAUGGUAUGCACUCGCAAGGCUUAUGGAAUAUAGCCUGGUUUGUCACAAUCUGUAUGCGCUCUCAUUCAGCCCGGUGAAAAAUAAAGUAUUUCUGCUCGGCAUCAUGUUUUUACUCUGGGUAUACAUGCUCUACUCCUGCGUGGGCUACUGUGCCACCAUGCCAAGUUUGGUCGUGGACAAUUACCGGGGAAAGGAGACAGGGUCUGUGGUCGGUAAAAGGAUAGAGAAUAACGGCAGAGUGGACCUCAUGUCCAGACUGCUCCCUAGACCCCAACCCUGGGUGGAUAUAGAAUCCGAUUACGACGAACCCUCUGUCCGGACUUCCUCCAGAGACUUGCUCAAUAACGAUAUAGACGCGUACAGAGGAGCAGAAGACUGGGACGAGAUGAGGGGCGAGGGGCAGAGAGCUCCUGAGCCCGGUGCGAUGUCAAGUUUCUCCAACGGAUCAGGGAGCAAGAAGCUUCCCCAGGCGAUCAUCAUCGGUGUAAAGAAAGGAGGGACGCGCGCGCUGCUCGAGUUCCUCCGCGUGCAUCCAGACAUCCGAGCUGUGGGAGCCGAACCGCACUUCUUCGACCGCAACUACGAGAAUGGACUGGAGUGGUACAGGGAGCUGAUGCCCAAGACCCUGGAGGGCCAGAUCACCAUGGAGAAGACCCCCAGCUACUUUGUGACCAGAGAGGCCCCGGCCCGGAUCUCCGCCAUGUCCCGGGACACCAAGCUUAUCGUGGUGGUGCGGGACCCCGUCACCAGGGCCAUCUCUGACUACACGCAGACGCUGUCUAAGAACCCCGAUAUUCCCACCUUUGAGAGCCUGACCUUCAAAAACAGGACUACGGGGCUCAUCGACACGUCCUGGAGCGCCAUCCAGAUCGGCAUCUAUGCCAAGCACCUGGACAACUGGCUGCAGUACUUCCCCAUGGGUCAGAUCCUGUUUGUGAGCGGGGAGCGUCUGAUCAGCGACCCGGCCGGAGAGCUGGGCCGGGUGCAGGACUUCCUGGGGCUCAAGAGGAUCAUCACUGACAAACACUUCUACUUCAACCAGACCAAGGGCUUCCCCUGCCUCAAGAAGGCUGAGGGCAGCAGCAAGCCCCACUGCCUGGGCAAAACCAAAGGGCGGACCCACCCCAACAUCCACCCAGAGGUGGUGCAGAGGCUACGGGACUUCUACAGACCUUUCAACAUGAAGUUCUACCAGAUGACAGGACAUAACUUUGGUUGGGAUUGAUGGCUGUGAAUUUGGGAAGAAACAUUGUUUUUUUUCUCUCUGUAAUUCAAUGAAUGGCAAAAAAAGACAUGGGAGAUAUUGCUAUAUAUAUGUAAAAUGUACAGAAAUCUAUUUUAUAAUAAUUUAUUUUUAUUUCUAAGCAAUUCACUAAGCUGCCUAACCAUAUUGUACAUACAUAGCAUCUGUCCCACAUUUAUUUCCUAGUUGUUUUUUUUUACAUUCCACAUUUUAUUUUGUUUCUUUAUUCUUUCCUUAAUGGUCCCUCAUGUCAACUCAGCAGAGUUAAAAUGGUCCCUCAUGUCAACUCAGCAGAGUUAAAAUGGUCCCUCAUGUCAACUCAGCAGAGUUAAAAUGGUCCCUCAUGUCAACUCAGCAGAGUUAAAGUGGUCCCUCAUGUCAACUCAGCAGAGUUAAAAUGGUCCCUCAUGUCAACUCAGCAGAGUUAAAGUGGUCCCUCAUGUCAACUCAGCAGAGUUAAAAUGGUCCCUCAUGUCAACUCAGCAGAGUUAAAAUGCAGAUAAGUAAUAAUUGGUAACUGAAAUAAGAAUAUAAGGAUAUUGAUAAAGGCACUGUUUUACAGGUAUAGUGUUCACAGAACAGUGAUGAAAAACCCAUUCAUGUGCAUUCUGAUUUAAACAUUCAUAAUCACUUUCACGUUCAAUAGCCAUAAUUAACGUUCCCCCACACAUUGUUACUUGUCUAGUUACUCCUAUGAGUUUCUGUUCCAUCCAUUCAAAAUGUUGUGCUUCAUAUUGUGAGUUACCCCCAUCCACAUCCCAUUAUCCUACCGUACCAUUGGUCAAACCAGCUGAUCUCCAGCCCUGUCAUUGACCUAACCAGCUGAUCUGAUGUCCCUUUCAUUCAAUAACAGGUGGAUCAAUUGGCCUAAUUGCUCCUCAUUGUGUCAGACAUGGUUAAAGGGUACGUCUGGCCUCCCUCUUGUAGGGCUCCUACAGCAUGUUCUAAUGAAUCCACCAAAGGCCUAAAUCCUAUUUCUGACAGCAUCACUUUGAUAGGGCUCCAUGUUGACAUGAUGCUAAUGGAAUAACGUUACUGAGGCCCAUCGAUUCAGGUCUCCUCUCCACUAUACUCUUGCUCUCAUUACAAGACACUGUUGGCUCAGAGCCAAAGGUCAUACAAAGUCCCAAUUAAAUUAGCUCUGAGAGACGUUUGAUUUGUCGAAGAGACAGAGAGGGGAGGACACUCUGGGUCAGGGGAGGACUGUAGUAUAGUCCUUGAAUGCAUCCCAAUUGGCACACUCAUUCCCUAUAUAGUGCACUGCUUUUGACCAGGGCCCAGUGACCCUUGCUAAAAAGUAACGCAAUAUACAGGAAAUAGGGAACAAUAUACAGGAAAUAGGGUGCAAUAUACAGGAAAUAGGGAACAAUAUACAGGAAAUAGGGUGCAAUAUACAGGAAAUAGGGAACAAUAUACAGGAAAUAGGGUGCCAUUUGGGACACAGUGCAAGCGCUUGGCCUGAGUUGAGGUAGGAGCUAGCAGUGGCCUAUACAUCUGUCUGAUACAGAGCAUUACGAUAGAGAUGAUAGAAAAACCACAGAGCACUCUGCUUCACUGGAACACAUCAUCCUCAAACAGGAUCGUCAGGCCUCAGAUCAGAUGUUGAUGUGCGUCCCAAAUGGCACCCUAUUCCCUAUAUGGUGCACUGCUUUUUACCAGAUGUCAAAUGACAAUCCUUUUGGGCCUUGGUCUAAAGUAGUGGACUAUGUAGGGAGUAGGGUGCCAUUUGGGGCGAAUACACAGAUCAAAGGGAGGAGGAGAGUUUCUGAAGUACUCUGCGGGAACGGCCUCGGGCGAAGAUACAGAACAUCAUUGUUGUCAUGAUAAGACUUCAUUAUGGUAUGUCUAUGGUCUAUAUAGUUUGCCUUAUUCAACCCGUCAUCCUAACAUUGUUUCUUCCAUAGUUUCAUAUUGGAUCUCAAUUCGCUCCUACUUGUUGCCAAAAAAAGACUUUUUCAGAGUGUGGAGCUCAGACAACAAGUUAGCUUGAGUCACUAUCUUUUCUUUUGAGCUUUUCUUUUUUUUGUUCUUUGUUUUUCUCAAUGCUUCUUUGUUAUUGUUUGUCUUUCUGUCUGAAUUCUUGAUAUGCAAGAGACAGUCUGGCGUUAUCAUUCAGCAAUGUACAUGCUGGCCCAUACCCUCGCAGGUAGUGUCUACUUCAAAGUCAUACUAUGCUCUUUAGAGGAUAAGAGGGCUGAUUCUGCUUCUCAAAUGGUACCCUACUCCCCAUAGUGUAUUACUUGUGACCAGGGCCCAUGUUUUUUACCUCAAACUAGUGGAUGGUAGCAUACUAUGGUAGGUGGAUGGUAGGGCUUGUCCUAACAUUGUACUGUCCCUUAUUCACAUAUAGUGGCUUUUUUCCACCAAGGAAUUGACACUUAUUUUCAAUUAUCAUGCCUAUAUGGAUAACGCCUCAAUCUCUCCUUCUCUCCUUAUAGUGCAAUGGUUGUUGAAAGCAUUUAAAAUGGUCUUUAUAUAGAGCAGGAAAACCAUGUGAAUACAAGCUAUCACAUUCUGAAUUGGAAUAAUGUUGAUCUUUCUCCCUGUAAUGGCUGGAUUAGGGGAGGCUGGGGCAGUUACCCCCUGUUACAUUUGCCUUCGGUCUCCCCUAAUGCACUGGAAUUCUGAUCUUGGUCAUGUUACUAAGAGAAAAGGGUUACGUCCCAAAUGGCACUCUAUUCCCUAUUUACUGCAGUACUUUUGACCAGGGCCUUUAGGGAUCUGGUCAAAAGUAGUGCACUUUUAUAAGGAAUAGGGUUCCAUUUGGGACGCACACUAUCUUAAAAAUGUGCACUCAUGGUCAUGGUCCAUGCUGCUGCAUCCAUUCUGGUUGAGUUUUGUUCAACCCUUUUAGAGCUCUACAAAUGUUAGUGAUGUUUGUCUUAUUCCCAUCCGCAUAUAAUAUGGUUAAUACUUAGACGUUUAGCAGAUUGUGUAUGUAUAAAAAUGAAAAAGAACAUGUAAAUCAAGUAUUUUGUGGUAUCAUGUACAUCAAAUGAAUUAAUUUUACACAGUGAAAGAGCAAAAUGGAACAGAUGUUUCUAGAUAAUUAAAUACUGAACAUUCAUACUAUUUCUUUGUAUGAAGAAAUAAAUAAAAAAUUAUAUAUUUUA